AUUAAACUAUUUUGAGCAGAAAUGGCUGCGCUCUCUUCCUUUUCCCCGCACCUAUUACUGCACCGUCUUAUCCGCCGCCCCGCCGCGCCAUCUUGUCUCCGCGCCGCUGAUAUUUCCUACUCUCGCAAUCGAAGUGCAUCAGCCGCCGUAUACUCCCAAUCCAGAAAAUCCUAUCCUCUCCUCCGAGCUGCGCCGUCGUUCACCUCCUCUCGCUUAAUCUUCUCCUCUUUCACCUCCUCGUCGCGCUCAAAUGCUCAGCAGCGAUUUUCAAGUGACGCAGUUUUGCUGGAGAAUGUACAAUUCGAAUCGGAAGGGGAAAUUGAUCCUGCUUUGCUGGAUAAUUUACACACUGAAUCGGAAGGGGAAAUUGACGCAAUUUCUGAUUCUGCUGUUGCGGAGGUUUCGAAUUCUGAGGUGAUUAAAACAGCUCCUCGGCCACCUCUCCCCCCGCCGCCUCCGCCGCCGAGUCUUAGCGUGAAGGAGAAGAAGGACCUGGGUUCCUUCGCGCACAGUUUGGGGAAAAAGCUCAAGUCGCAGCAGGUCGGGAAAUCGGGCGUCACAGACACUGUUAUUGGCGCGUUGAUUGAAACGCUUGAAAAAAAUGAGCUUCUCAAGUUGAAGAUACACGGUACAUGCCCUGGAGAAUUAGAAGAUGUGGUGAAGCAAUUAGAAGAAAGCACGGGCUCAGUAGUCGUCGGCCAAAUUGGUAGAACCGUGAUACUCUACCGGCCCAGCCUGAGUAAGCAAAAAGCUGAGGAGAAAAAGAAACAAGCUCAGAGAGACCUUUUGAGACGACAAGCAGCAUUCAAACAAUCUCCUCAGAGUAGGAGACCAGCAGCUGUGUCAGGGCAAGAACCAAGCUGGCCAAGACAAGCUGGUCGUGGUAGGCGAGGAACUAGCAGAGUAUGAGGUACUGGUGCAAGUUUGUAUAUGUUGGUUGGGAGAGUAUUGAAUUAUUCUCGGAUUAGACGAAUCAAAAAUUGAUAUCGAUCUGCAAUAGUAUUUCCAAGGGAUGAGAAGGAGCCAUUCUGAUGUAGCUGGUUUUAUUUGAGCUGAUGAAGUGGUCUGAAAUUGUCUUUUAUAGUUCAAGGUCGAGAGCGUUUCUGCUUGAAAGAUUUUUAGGAUUCAUGAAAACAUAAAAAUGAUUGUAGAAUUGGUUUCUUAAGCGUGCUGUGACUGAAUUUAUUGACCUAGAACAUCUCAGUUGUUAUAUAGAGAUGAUAUAUUUACGCAAA